AGCACACUUUGCCUGAUCAAAGAGGAAAAGGUCUGCUGCAUUUUUUGCAGAGUCAGACUCUGGGAAUGUUAUUAAUGAUAAACGCCUUCAGGAAAUCUCCCUCUUGUCGCUCCCUGUGUUUCCAUAGGUCGGAGAGACUCACAGGAAAAAGCAGGGAGGCACGGACGGACUUGUACAAGUAGGAGCCCACUCUCUCUCUCUCUCUCUUUACCUCUCACUGGACUCAGCGGAAAGAUUCAGGGAGUCAGAAUGAGUGGGGUGGCCAUCUACCGUUCUAUUUACACCGAGGAUCAGUUUGCCCGGCAAUUCAAUGGACCAAAGGAUGAAGAAAAUGUCACGGAGAGCUUUCAGCAGACAGAAAGAAGGAGCUGCGCAUGUCCUGGGAAUGCUGGGAAACAAUUCUGGAGAAGGCGACUACCAUUCCUCACCUGGUUGCCUAGAUACAAAAUCAAGCAAUGGCUCAUUGGGGACAUUAUCGCAGGUCUGACUGUGGGCAUCAUCCACAUCCCACAAGGAAUGUCCUUUGCUCUGCUGACCUCUGUGGCUCCAAUUUAUGGACUCUACACCUCUUUCUUCCCGGUUGUGUUCUACGUGUUUUUUGGAACUGGACGACAUGUGUCCACAGGCACCUUUGCUGGGAUAAGUUUGAUGACUGGCUCUGUGGUUGAGCGGCUGGUACCCCACCCGUCGGGAUGGAACGUAACAACCCAGGAGGACCCAGAGCUAGAGAAGCAGCGGAUAUCUGUGGCGUCAGCUGUGACCUUCCUCUCAGGACUGAUGAUGAUUUGCAUGUUUGUUCUGCAACUGGGGUUUCUUUCCACCUACUUGUCGGACCCAAUCGUGAAGGCGUUUACCAGUGGCACGGCUUUCCACGUCACCGUCUCGCAGCUCAACACCAUGCUUGGACUGAGGCUUCCGCGCUUCACUGGACCCUUCACCCUCUUUAAGACACUGGCAUCGCUGCUUGGAGCCCUCGCGAUGACAAACAUUGUCGAGCUGAUUAUUUCACUGAUUUGCCUCAGUGUGCUCAUUCCGAUGAAGGAAAUCAACAGCCGCUUCCAGCAGAAGCUCAGGACCCCCAUCCCCAUCGAGAUCAUCAUGCUGAUCGUGGCCACAGCCGUCACUUUUGCUACAUCCCUCGAUGAGCGUUGUAACGUCCAGAUUGUGGGACACAUCCCUGCUGGGUUUCCAAGCCCUCAGUUACCAGCCCUGGGAAGCAUCCCGAACCUAGUCGGAGACACGGUGGCGAUUACCUUUGUUGGUUAUGCUGUGUCGGUAUCCCUAGCCAUGAUCUAUGCCGACAAGCACAGAUAUAAGAUUGACCCCAACCAGGAACUGCUGGCUCAUGGUAUUUCCAACACCGUCGCCUCUUUUUUCACCUGUUUCCCAAGUUCAGCCUCACUAGCUACAAGUAACAUCCUAGAAAGUGCUGGUAGCCACACACAGCUUGCUGGGUUUUUCACCUGUCUGGUUGUCUUGGCGGUGUUGCUUCUGAUUGGCCCACUGUUUUACUUCCUGCCCAAGGCUGUCCUAGCCUGCAUCAACAUCACCAGCCUGCGCCAGAUGUUCCUCCAGUUUCAGGACCUCCCGCAACUUUGGAGAGUCAGUCGGAUGGACUUUAUGGUCUGGGUGGUCACAUGGUUGGCAGUUAUCACCCUCAACGCAGACCUGGGACUCGCUGUGGGGGUGGUCUUCUCAAUGAUGACUGUGAUCUACCGCACUCAGAGAGCUGACUGCUCCGUGCUGGGCCGAGCCUCAAACACCGAGAUCUACCGACCUAUGGAGGAGAACAGUAUGUGUCACGAAAUUCCUGGUCUGAAGAUAUUGGCUUACAAUGCCCCCAUUUACUAUGGAAACAAAAGCUUCUUCCGGGACGCCAUGACCAGAUUAAUUGGACUCACUCAGGAGAAGAUGAAAGCAAGAGCAAAGACCAGGAAGGAACUAAAGAAGAUGGCAGUCGCCACCGUUGAGAAUGGUCUGGCACGAGCGGCCUGCUCAUCAGACAAAGACACAUCACCUGCAGGUGAUCGACAGGAGAGGAUUCAGUCAGUUAUAAUCGACUGCAGUAGCAUCAUAUUCAUUGACACAGCCGGAGCAAGACUAUUUGUUCAGAUGUGCGUUGAGUGUCAGAAAGCUGAUCUGUGGGUCUACCUAGCAGAGUGUAACAAGGGCGUUUUGAGAGCAUUAACGUGCAGUGGCCUACUUGAACACCUUCGUCCAGAGCAGAUCUUUGUAACUGUGCAUGAUGCUGUUGUCCACUUGGAGCAAGUCAAGAUCCUCUGUAAACUCAACCUUACCAGAAAUUGUAACUGCUCUUGUUAUGCUUGAGUAAUACCGCAAGACAUUAAGGUAUAUACUGUAUGUGAUUGUUUUUCUUUUUUUAGGAAGCUUCAUCACAGAAAAACACAACAAUUUGGGUAUGAAAGCUUCCCGUGGACUUUCAGUUCAUUUACCGAUUAAACCAAGCACUUAAAGGACAUUCACAACGUCCUGUAUGACCACGAUUAGCUUUCAAGGAUGUUUGAAAGAAAGCAAAUAGGUUCUGUUCAAGCUGGAACUCAGAGUGAGACUUAUGUUAUGAUGUAAAAUGUGCAGUAUUUUGCUAAUGGAAUGCAGUUACAGAUUAAGCUGUGUAAUGUAGUUUUUUAGGAACUGUGUCAAAAUGGUUGCCCAAAGCAAAUCAUUGCUAGGUUCAAGCUAAAGGUCACAUUUAACAAAGCAGGUAGCCAACUUCAACCUCUCCUGCCAACAAUAUUUAGUCCAGAUGGAAUUCUAUUGCCACUGGGAAAGCCUGAGAUUAGUGAAUGAGACAUACACUGAUUCAUUAAUGGGUUACCGGUUUCAUGGAGCACUUGGCAAACAAUAGAACUGAUUGGAGAUGGAGGUGAGGAACCUAGGGUAGAGUGUUCUUACCUGCAUGGGAUUAAGCUAAAAUAGAUGGACAUCAAUUUAUAUCACUAGUAUUGGUCUUUUAUUUUGUAUGGUAGGUGGGAAUGAAUGGACAGUUACUGCUCAUUGCUUCUUGAAUUUUUUCUUUAGUUGGAUUUGAGAAUUCAUCUGGCUCCAUGCAUUUUGGAACAUGGUCAGACAGGCCAGGGUGCCUAGUCUCUGCCAACCUAUAUCAGGUUACUGAGGGGGUAGCUUGGAGGGAAAAUGAUGCCGCAUUUCUACCCCAGCUCCCUCUGCAAAGGGCUCUGCUGGGAAGUCCACAUGCAUAUGCGUGUGUUUUGAAGUCGACAUGGGGUCAGCUGUGUUGUUCCUGAUACUGUAGAGGACAACCUGGAGGCACUUCAGACCUUUGAGCACAUCUCCCCCAUUCAAUUAAUGACAGAUCUGUAGAUCAACUUAAGAAAUGAGGUCAGGAGUCACCAACAUGUUCCUUGAGCCUUGAACCAGUGCCCUCCCCCAUCUCUAAACUCCACUGCCCUGGGAAAAAAAAACUCUAUCUAAUCUAUCUGUGCCUGUCAUAACUUUAUAAACCUCUACAAGGUCACCACUCAUCCUUCUACAGUCCAGUGAGAAUAAACCCAGCCUAUCCAAACUCUCCUUCUAAAUACAACCCUUCAUUCCAGGCAAAAUCUCUUCCAGUGACUCUCUCCACACUCUCUCUAUUGCUUCCAUAUCCUCCCUGAAGUGUGAUGACCAGAAUUGUACACAACACUCUCAGUAAUGUCUAGUCAAUAUUUUGUAAAGCUGUAUCAUUAACAGCUGUGACCAUUAACUCAUGGUCAACUUAGUGUCAAAGCGGGCAUAGCAAAUAGCUCACACUUGCCUGGAUUAAAUUCAAUUCUCCACUGUUCUGCCCAACUUUCCAGCUGAUCUAUGUCCUGUUGUAUUUUUAGUCAAACUUCUUUGUGAUCUAUGACUCCACCAACUUUUGUGUUAUCUGCAAACUUGCUAAUCAGAUUUCCUUCAUUCUCAUUCAAGUCAUUAUGACAAGCCAUAAAAAGUCCAGCACUGAUCCCUGCAGUAUAUCAGUAGUUACAGACUUCCAGUCAGAAGAAUAUCUUGGCCUCAGCUCUACUUCCUGCUUGUUUUCCAUAAACCAAACAUUUGUCAUUCUUGGCACACUCAAAGAACUUCAUGCCCCUCCACCAAUGAUGCUACCUUCACUCACAUCUCCUCUAUUUCCCAGACAUCAUGCUCACCCCAUCUUCCCACUGCCUUAACAGUGAUAGAAUUCUUCUUGUCCUUACCUACCACCCCAUGAGUCUCGGCAUCUAACACAUGAUUUUCUGCAAGUUCUGCCAUCUCCAAAGAGAUCCUACCACCAAACUUAACUUUUCCUCUUCCACUCUCUUUGCCUGCCACAGGGAUCACUCCCUCCAUGAUUCCCUCGUCCAGUCGUCCCUCCCAGUUUUAUCCCUGCAAGCAGCCUAAGUAUUACACCUGCCCAUUCACCAUUUUCCUCACCUCCAUUCAGGGCCCCAGGCAAUCCUUCCAGAUGAGGCAACACUUCGCCUGCAAAUCUGCUGGGGUUGUCUUUUGUGCCUGGUGGGCCUGAUGCGGCCUCCUCUACAUCAGUGAGACCUGUUAUAAAUUGAGGGAACCACUUUAUAGAGCACCUCUGUCUAUCUGCCAAAAGCAGAACUUUAUGAUGGCCAAACAUUUUAAUUCUGAUUCCCAUUCCCUUUCUGACAUGUCAAUUCAUCACCACCUCCUGUGCCACGAUGAGACCACCCUCAGGAUGGAGGAGCACCACCUUAUAUUCCAUCUGGGUAACCUCCAGCCUGAUGAAUGAAUACUGAUUUCAUAUUCUGGUAAAAAAAGGUUCCCUCCCCCUCCCCUCUUCUUCUUUUCCCCACUCUGACCUCUCACCUGCCUGUCAGCUCCUCCUGGGUCCCAUCCCCCUUCCCUUUCUCCCAUGGUUCAUUCUCCCCUCCUAUCAGAUUCCUUCCUCUCCAGCCCUUUACCUUUCCUACCCACCUGGCUUCACCUACCACCUUCUAGCUGUCCUCCUUCCCUCCCCCACACCUUUUUAUUCAGGCAUCUUUGACCUUCCCUUCCAGCCCUGAAGAAGGGUCUUAGCCUGAAAUGCCAACUGUUUAUUCAUUUCUGCUGCCUAACCGGCUGAGUUCCUCUAGCAUUUUGUGUGUGUUGUUUUGGAUUUCCAGUAUUUGCAGAAUCUCCUGUGUUUAUGAUCUGUCAUUCUUGUCCUUGAAUGUAGUCAAUGGCUCCACCUCUACAGCUCUCUUGGAUAAAUUCCAAAACUUCCCAACAAGCUGAGAACAAUUGCCUUCAUACCUAAGCUCUAUCUCACUGUUUUAACUCCAAAUUCCUUAAUCGUCUCACUCAACAGUUCAGUUCUGAAAUUUCCAGCUGACCUCGGUUCCAACACAGCAAAGUGAAUGGUUGAUCUUGCCUAAAGAGAAGGUCAAAGUUGUUUCAGUUAAGUACAGAUUAGAUAAUUUUUCCUCCCAAAAAUAAUUUUCAGCAAUUUAAAUCCUGAUAUGUGGAGAGAUUAUUAUGUUUUGGGAGAAUCAGAUGAACUUUAACCUCUGGUUCCCAAAGAUCUCCACUAAUAGAUUACAUUAAGAAAUGUUUCCUGAUGAGAACUAAGUGUAAGUUUAUGACUCCUUAUUCAGUACUCCCUCAUCAGCGGAAAACAUUUUUCUCUCAGUCAACCUUUUCACCUUGAUCAGAUGGUCAAGCUAAUGACCAGGUACCUUGCUGAAGUACUUUUCCUCAGCGUGCAGAGACAGGUCACUAGGCUGAUAUACCAGACUGACCAUGAAGUUGUGAGUCUGUACCCCAACUAUAGGAAGUGGCCUCAGGAGAACAGAGAGGGCACCAAAAAGCUUGGAGCUUUAUGCAACGUUAAGGCAACCAAGAGCACAAAGGGGAAGGGCGAAGUUAUAAACGGAAACGUCAUAUUUAUCCAUCAAUGCUUAGCUAUGACAAUGAAUUUAAAGUAUCUUUGAUUCUACCAAUCAUUAAUUGUGUCUGAUUUACCAAUGUGAUUUGAUUAGAAAUUCAUGUCUGUUAAUAAACAAUCAUGU